AUGAAGGUGAACAGUCUUUCUGCAGCGUCGCUACUGACAGGCCUCGCUCUAGCUCAGGAUCUGUAUCCUGGACUGACCACAGUCAACCAUACUUGUGCGAUUAAGCCGCGACUUCGUUCUUGUCCAGCACAAAGCCCUUCAAGCGUGGAUACAUGCUGCACAGAAACGUUUGGUGGACUGAUCCUCCUAACACAAUUCUGGAGCACAUACACUGGAUUGGAAGCACAAGGUCAGCUCCUGCCAAGAGAUACUUGGACUCUGCAUGGUCUAUGGCCGGAUUUCUGCAAUGGUUCAUACACCCAGUAUUGUGACCUGAGAAGGCAGUACGAUCCUGUUCCUAGCCCCAAUACAACCAACGGUCUGCCUAAUGGCACCGUUGUUCCUCCGUACAGAGGUGCGCCUGUCUCUACCUUCCUUGAGGCUUUUCAGAGAUACGACCUGUUGGACUAUAUGAACACAUAUUGGGUCAACCAGCGCGCCUCCAACAACGAGUUUUGGGCUCACGAAUUCAGCAAGCAUGCCACUUGCUUCAGUACUUUCCAGCUUCCUUGCUACGGCCCUCGGUACCAAAACCAUUCGGACGUGAUCGAUUAUUUCGAAACCACAAUCGAGUACUAUCGACGCUUCCCAACGUGGGGCUGGUUAGCGCAAAACAAUAUCCGACCAAGCAAUACCACACAGGUUACCUUGUCCGACGUCCAAGGCACUUUAGCCAGAGCUUCGGGAGCUACUCCAUAUGUUGGCUGCUCCGGUCCACGUUACAACGAGACCGACGCGGGUAGGGGUGGAAAUGACACUGGUCGGACUGUCAUCAGUGAGGCAUGGUACUACAUGCACGUCUUUGGUCGACCUCAGGAGGGCGUAGCGAUCCCAGUGAACGCGACAGGGUCGUCGUCGAACUGUGCCAGGGCUAGAAACGCUCUCUGGUACUACCAGACCACGCCAGGAUCCAUCAGAUCUUGA